AUGUCAAACGACAAAUUUUGCAAGAUUAUGCAAAGCGAGCAAGAAAUGGUCGUCACUUCACUGGAACUUCAGCCCCAAAGGCAAGGUGGCGCCGUCGUUCCAUCCCGAGCUCAUGGACAAAUAUGUAACAUCCGUAAACCUGUCAAAUGUGAGAUACAGUUUUGCGUGUGCUCAACAUUGCAACUGGAAUUCCUGCUGCCGUCUGGCGUGUCAGGCAGCUUUGAGCACACACGUAUUCCCAAUACGGCAGGUCCCACGUGCGAAAUUUACGAGACCAAAGUGGCCGGGCACUGGGCUGGCACGGACGACCCUGCCGCCUUGACCUUUGACACCUGCUUCACGAAAUGGGUCACGAAUCCCCGUUCGAAUCCUCCCAUCAGGACCUCUGCCUCGUCCACCGGCCAAGAAUCCGACGCAAGGAAGGGCGUUGAUGGAUUUAUCGGCAAGAACGUCUCCCACUGCUUCUCCUCCGGCCAAGAACCGAAUCCCUGGUGGAUGGCUGACCUUGGGGGCGUAAGGCGAGUGUCUCAGGUGAGGAUUCACACGAGGCAGGAUGGUCUGGAGGGUCAGUUCCUCUCGGUGUUGGUUCGUCUCGGGAAUUCCUCGGAUCCGCUUGCUGUUUCGAAUGAGUCUUGCUCGUUCAGUUCGUUGGAUCAGGAUUACCCGGAGAGUUUUGCAGGAAACUCGACCACUUUAGGGAACGCAACAGAUCUAGGGAAUACUACACUUCCAGGGAACACGACAGAUCCUCUUGGAAACACGACAGGUCCUACAGGAAACAUGACAGAUCUUCUUGGAAACACGACAGAGCCUCCAGGAAACACAACAGUUCCUCAAGGAAACACGACAGAUUCUCCACGAAACAUGACAGAUCCUCUUGGAAACACGACAGAUCCUCCAGGAAACAUGACAGAUCCUCAAGGAAACACGGCAGAUCCUCAAGGAAACACGACAGAUCCUCCGGGAGACACGACACAUCCUGCAGAAAUCUCAACCGAGCAAGGAAAUUCAACAGGAAAUCCAACAGAUCUAGAGAAUUCAACCGAUACUGGAACCUCAACCGAUAAUGGAAGUACAGCAGAUCAUUUGGGAACAUCAAUAGAUCCAGCAAGUUCAGUAGACCAAACUAGCUCAACAACCCAAGGUCCAACAGAAAAGAGACACAAACGUAAUGCGAUCAGUCCAACCCAGUCAACACACAUAGAGACCACCAAGUCAUUCGAUACAACUCCUGGGAACUCAACCGAUACCGAGAUUAAUACCUCGACAGCCUCACCCGAUCUGGGUCCUCAGUGUGAAACCUCAAAUGAAACUAAGGACCACGUGUUUCGUCUCAAUCCAGUGAUAGGUUUCAACUCGGGAGAAGCCCCUUUGGCGGCCGAGGUGGUUUUCAGCCUCCCUAGAGCCGUGAGUGGGCGCUACUUGUCCAUCCAGAGUUUAGAUUCGGAUCCAAACAACGUGCUGACCAUCUGCAACGUUGAGGUGUUGGAGCAGCAAAGGGAACCGGUGAUGAGGAACUGCCUCGACGUCAGAAACAGAGUGAGCAACCAGAGCGGCGUCUACACCAUCCACCCACACCUCUGCUGCCCCGUCGAAGUGAUCUGCGACAUGGACACCGACGGCGGAGGCUGGACGGUCAUCCAGCAUCGCCGAGACGUCCUCCCGCGACAAGACUUCUACCGCCCAUGGCGCGAUUACGUCAUCGGCUUCGGGCAGAAGCCUUGCGGCGAGUUCUGGCUGGGCCUCGAGCACACCCACGCCCUCACCGGCCAGACGCCGAACCAGCUGAGGCUCCUCCUCGAGGACUUCGCCGGCGAGAAGCGGUGGGCCAACUACGGCUACUUCCAUGUCGGCGAUGAGGCCACGUCCUAUACCCUGACUGUGGCCAAUUAUACGGGCGACGCUGGCGAUUCCCUCACUUAUCACGAUGGUCAAAAAUUCUCGACGAAGGAUAGGGAUUCGGAUGAAUAUUCAAAUAACUGCGCGGAGAGAUACCGCGGCGCUUGGUGGUACAAAAGCUGCAUCCAUUCCAGUCUCAACGGCGAGUACCUGGGUGGUCCUCACAGUUAUGUCUAUCAAGGUGUCUAUUGGAGGACCUGGCGCGGCGCAUACUACUCCCUGAAGGCUGCUACCAUGAUGAUUAGACCAGCUGUUUCAUAG